GGCUUCUCCCGCAGCCUCGGAGCUGCGUCCGCAUUCCGCUGCCCCGGCGUUGCCCUUAGUAGCCUGUGAGGGACGACGCGCCUGGCGUUUGGUGGUCGGACGCCCUGCUGCAUGCCGCGGAGGGCCUGAGGGGUCCGCGGGCGCCGUCCUCCAGCGGCCUUGCUUGUGGGCCGCAGAGCGGACCCGUCGUCGGCCGCGGCCGGGGUCCCGCGGGCGGCGGGCGAGCCUGGGGUGGGGUGGGGAGGCGCCCGAGCCGCCCGGCCUCUCCCGGGGAGCUGCCGGGUGUCACCUCUCCUGACUCAGAGCGCGGCGCCUGACUGGGGCCAGGCCAGGAGUGCGGCUUGGCGUACUUACGGGCACUUUGUUGUGCUCAGCCCUGCCCCGAAGGCUGUGGUUGGCUGGUUUCUGCACCAGCGUUAACGCUGUCGCUCCAGCCAGGGUGAGUGGGCAGGACGUGCCAUGGCCCUGACCUGAGCGGGAAGCCGGAGACGGAGAAGGAACACGUAAAGUAAGGACGCGCGCCUUGGGCGUCUUGCUGCUGGCCCACCCUGUCAGCGAGGCGUGGGGCCGGUCCGGCCGACGGGUGGUCCGCUUGCUUGUGAGACGUGAGGGCGUCGCUGUGGUUGGCUGGGGCACGCCCAGCUCAGAUCCGUGACCCAAGUCAGGUAAAACGGAAACACGUCUGCUAACGUAUGCAGUGCCCGGUCGUGUGAACCUGAAGGAAAAGCCGCUCAGGACGUGUUGGCCUCCACUGUGGUGCGUUCUCAGUAAAGGACGAUCAUUUGAAGAGAGAGGUGGACUGGACGUUUGGCCCAGGGGUUAAGACUCUGGUUAGGAUGCCCAUGUCCCAUACCAGCAUGUCGGGGUUAAGUUUCUGGCUCUGGCUCCUGAUUGCAGCUUCCAGGUGAUGACUCAGAUGAUUGGGUCGCUGCCUCCCAUGUGGGGGACUGGGUUGAGUUCCUGAUCCCUCAGCCAGUGUGGGUAUUUGGGGAGUGAAUCAGUGGAUGAGGGCUCUGUCUUCUGCCUCUCAAAUAAAUGAAAAAUAACCUGUCGAAAAAUAACAGGACAAAAGAAAACGGUUUUACGCUUCUAAGUGUUAGAAACUGGAGAAGCAGAUAUAUGAGAAGAAAUUAAUGGCUUAUGGUUCAGUUGUAGCCUCCCUGGUGUCCUCCCUGAAGAGUCUGAGGUUGUGUCCAGUAGAAGCGAAUUUGUAUACUCUCUUGAGGCAGAAAAUGAGGAGUGAGACAGCUUUUCCUCUGCUGCUGCUUAUUUGUCUUCAACUCUAUAAUUUUCAUAUCAAAGGAUAUUUUUUAAAAAGACUUGUUUUACCUGAAAGAGUUAUAGAGAGGCAGAAGCGGGGAGAGAGAGAGAGGUCUUUCAUCUGCUGGUUCACUCCCCAACUGGCGGCAACGGCCGGAGCUGGGCUGAUCUGAAGCCAGGAGCCAGGAGCUUCUUCCGGGUCUCCCACGCGGGUGCAGGGGACCAAGGACUUUUGCCAUCUUCUGCUUUCCCAGGCCAUAACAGAGAACUGCGUCGGAAAUGGAGUCGCCGGGAUUUGAUACCAGCACUGCAGGUGGCGAAUUUACCUGCUGUGCCACAGUGCCAACCCCCAAAGGAUAUUCUGAGGGACUAAUAGAGGAACCUGUUACCACAUGUCUUUCUCCCUCAGUGUAUGACAUUAUUUGUAAACUUGGUUUUGAAUUUAAAGAACUUUGUGCUAUCAAUAGCAUUGUAUCUCAGAGUGGUGAAGUGUAUUGGAAAACAGUCACAGAGUGUGUGAGAUAUGCAGAGUCAGACCAAGACCUGGAUUACUGGGGAAGUGUGCGGCUGCUGGGCCCUGUAUGUGAAACCGUCCAUCUACAUUUCUUAUCUCUGACUAAGGGACAGUUUGAAACUCGAUAUGCUCCAUCACUCCAGUGGACGGGUUUUUCGGAGUUAUUUCCUGAAAUAUUUGACUCCCUGAAAAGUCUACAAUCGCCUGCUAUUUCUCUUAGCUUAAUGAAACUGACAUCAUGUCUAGAACGAGCCUUGGGUGAUGUGUUUUUACUGAUUGGGAAAGAAUGUCCCUUUCUUUUAAGAGAUCUGCUUGCCUCUGAGGAGCUUGCACAAGUCUUUGGUCAGUCUGUGGUGGAUGUGCUGAAAGUCUUCAUUGGCUCUCCACGGGGACUCAACCUGCGGAACAUCUUGUGGCAUGGAUUUGCAUCACCCCAAGAGGUUCCUCCGAAAUACUGUUCAAUGAUGAUGCUGUUGACGGUAGGAUUGGGACAGUUACUGAAGAGUUUCCUUCAACAAACCACAUUUACGUUGACACACCGAUCCCUCAUAACUCUUAGGAACCUAGAGGAUUUGAUUGUUUUUCCUGAUGUUCCUUAUGAAGUACUUUCAGUAUUAGAAGAAAUAAUGAAAAAAUCCUCUUUUAUAUUAAAAGUCAUGCUACCGUACUGGGAAACUGCAUUGGUCAGGUUCAGGUCACACAGGUUUGCUGACUGUGCCAUAUUGUUGUUGACACAACUGGAGACUGGACUUAGGAAAGUUUUUGCUACAGUUAACAAAUGUCCCAAAAGACUCCUGACUGCUGAGUCAACAGCUUUUUAUACCACCUUUGAUGAUAUGUUGGCAAAACACUUGAAUGAUGGCAAAAUCAAUCAACUUCCUCUUUUCCUUGGAGAACCUGCUAUGGAAUUUCUCUGGGAUUUCCUGAACCAUCAGGAGGGUCCCCGGAUAAGAGAUCACUUAAGCCAUGGGGAGAUCAGCUUACCUGAAUUUCCAAAAGAAGUGACCAAUCAGUUGCUUGGAUUUUCUGUUGUCCUUUUACUGAGGUUUGUUGAUGAAGAGCUAUCAGCAGUUUAUAAGGAAAAAGCAUCAAUAAAGUCAUUGAUUAGUCUUGCAGAAGGCUAUAGUUCUCACUGCCAUCCGAUUUCCCAGCUUAAGAAGCAGGUGCUGAGCUGUGAGGAGAAGAUCAGGAUGUGGCCUCUGCUGCCUUUGCCCGAGGAAAGCACCUGGGAAGCAGUCAGAUUAGAAGGUGAUGCUGAAGCAAGUGCCUGCAACUCUUUGAUUACACAGAUUCUGGAGGAGCUGUACCAGCAUGCGCCCGAGCAUUGUGUGCGUGGUAACUCGCAGUAUUCUGCCACUGAGAAGUGGCACCGGCUGCUCAGUGGACUCUGCCGGAUGCGUGUUCCCACGCUGUUCUGCCCCAGGAUUGUCCUCGAGGUGCUCGUUGUGCUGCGAAGCAUCUGCUCCCAGUGCCAGCGCGUGUCUGGCCAGGUGAUUGCCUCCGCGGAGCUGAGGCACAGGCAGUGGCUGGAGAGGAGGCUGCGGUCCCGCCAGCGGCAGAACUACUUGCGCAUGGCGAGCAGUAUCAGGCUUCUGUCUCCUGUGCUCUGCCUGAUUUUGCUGCUCAUUGCGCUGGAAUUGGCUAACAUCCAUGUGGUUCUUGGAAAAGAUACUUCUGAAUAUCAGCACUACCUCAGGUUCUUAAAAUCCAUCCUGCAGUACACUGAGAACCUGGUGGUCUACACCAGCCAGGACAAGAACAAGUGGAAUGAAGCUGUCAGUCUUACACACACAGCUUUGUUGAAGAUUUGGACUUUCAGUGAGACGAAACAAAUGUUAAUACACCUAGCUAAGAACCCGCAAGCGGAGUAGUCUUGUGAAAGUGAGUGUAAGUUAGGGUGCCGUUGGCUCUAACAGAGAGUCCCAGUGCGAGCUGGCAAGCAGGAGUGCAGUGGGUAGUGGGGACAUGAUCGGCCCAGGCUGUCUUUCCCCACAGUUGUUGGAUUUGCCCUUCCUGGGUUGAGUCGAGCUCGGGUGGGCUGCUGUCUUGAUCACACGGCUGCAGCAGGCCUUGGCGGAGCCGCCCCGGAAGAUGCCGCUCAGAGGAAGGCAGAGCCACCCUUCACUCACUGCUGCCCAGGAAUUCCUGGCUUCCCUGUGGCCAGCACCCAGACGUCCACCCUGUCCUGCCGUGGGGCGAGAAGCAUGGACUUGGGCCAUGAGGGCCCAUCGCUGGAGCUGGGGAUGAAGUGGAUGCCGUGAGGCCUUGCGGGCAAGCCCUGGGGUGGGGUGGUCCUGCAGGGUGAGGCCUGUGGGCUCCGGGUGCCUCAGUGAAUCGUGGCUGCCCCUUAUCUGCCCUCGAACCUCCUUGGCAGGUGGAGCUGGGACGUGCACUUCGGCUCUAGGGAGCCCUGUGGGGUGGUGGGUGCCAUGUGACCAUAGACAGUCGGACACGUGCUGUCCAUCCCUUCUUCAGCUCAAGCCUAACCACCCCCACCCCAUCCCCUUAAACCAUAUUUCCAGGUAAAAGUGAAAACAGCGUGCUCCCAGCUGAUGUGAUCCGACUUCCUUUGUGCGGUUGGGGAUUGUUCAUCCUCUUCUCCAGUGUAGACACAAAAUCCACAUGUCAGCAUGUGC